GGUAAUCACCGGCUUCAAAGUCUGUAGCGCGCGCGCAGGCCGUUCAGACGCUUCGUUCAUAAGAAAAAUACUUGUUAAUUAAAAUUUAGUGUGGUCAGCGGCGUUAGAGUGGUUAAUGUGAUACGAAAUCAACCGGCAAGUCGGCUUCAAAAUGCCUCAGUUUAAAACCGUCCUGGUAACGGGAGGCGCCGGGUACAUCGGUAGCCACUGCGUAGUUGAUCUUCUGGACGCUGGAUACGAUGUAGUGGCCAUAGACAACUUCGCCAAUGCUGUCGGUGACGAAGAAGGGUCGCCGGCUCUUAAUCGUGCGGAACAAAUCACAGGAAAGAAAAUUACCUUUUACGAAGCCGAUCUUUUGGAUAAAGCGCAGAUAAAUGGAAUUUUUGAUAAGCACAACGUAGAUUGCGUGAUCCACUUUGCAGCGCUGAAAGCGGUCGGAGAGUCAAUGCAACAACCGUUACUCUACUAUCAAAAUAAUUUACUCGGAAUGCUCAACUUAUUGGAGGUUAUGCGAUCCCAUAACUGCUAUCAAAUGGUUUUUUCGUCAUCGUGCACGGUCUACGGGGAGCCAAAGCAUCUGCCCAUCACGGAAACACACGCCACGGGCAAUAUCACUAACGUUUACGGCCGAACCAAGUACUUCAUUGAAGAGAUGCUUAAGGAUUUAAGCGCUGCCGACGCGAAAUGGAACAUAAUAUCUCUGAGAUACUUUAAUCCGGUUGGCGCACAUCCUUCUGGGCUGAUCGGGGAGGACCCGACAAAAGAGUUUACAAACCUCAUGCCCUUCAUGGCUCAAGUCGCGUUGGGCAAGAAGCCAGUUCUUACCAUUUUUGGAAAUGAUUAUAACACCCCUGAUGGAACUGGUAUCCGGGACUACAUCCAUGUGAUGGAUUUAGCCAAUGGCCACGUGGCAGCGCUAAAUCUCUUGUGUACCUCUCAUCUUGGUCUAAAGAUCUACAAUCUGGGCACAGGGCGUGGUGUUUCAGUUAAAGAGUUGGUCGAUGUGUUUGAGCGGGUAACGAGCACCAAGGUGCCAACGAAGUAUGUGGCGCGAAGACUUGGCGACAUCACUGCCAUGUGGGCUGACGCCUCUCUCGCUAACACUGAGCUGGGCUGGACCACCACUCGUAGUAUUGAACAGAUGUGUACAGACUUUUGGCGAUGGCAGACCAUGAACCCCGACGGUUAUCCGAAGAAGAAUAAGACAAGUGUCAUUGUCAUGAACGGAAAGAGCUAACGGGAUUUGGCAUUUCCAUCAUUUUACUAUUCUCAUAAACAAUACAUACUUAUUAACA